AUGACCGCUUUACCGGGAACAAUAGCUUUUGAUGAAUAUGGACGACCAUUCAUUAUUAUUCGAGAUCAAGCAAAUCAAAAAAGACUUACUGGACUUGAUGCCUUAAAGAGUCAUAUUGUUGCCGGCAAAACUAUUGCUAACACACUCAGAACAUCACUUGGACCGAAAGGUUUGGAUAAAAUGAUGAUUUCUGCUGAUGGUGACGUUACUGUAACUAACGAUGGGGCAACAAUAUUGAAAUUAAUGGAUGUUGAUCAUGAAAUAGCAAAACUAAUGGUUCAGUUGUCCCAGAGUCAAGAUGAUGAAAUAGGUGAUGGUACUACUGGUGUUGUUGUUUUGGCUGGAGCUUUAUUAGAACAAGCUGAAGCAUUGUUAGACAAAGGUAUUCAUCCGAUAAGAAUAGCAGAUGGAUAUGAAUUGGCUGCUCAAAGCUGUGUAAAACAUUUAGACACUAUUGCUGACUCUUUUCCAAUUUCUCAAGAUAAUUUAGAACCCCUAAUUAAAACUGCAAUGACCACGUUAGGGUCAAAAAUUGUUAACAAGUGUCAUAGGCAAAUGGCAGAAAUUGCAGUUAAUGCUGUUUUGGCAGUUGCUGAUUUGGAAAAAAAAGAUGUCAAUUUUGAACUUAUUAAAGUUGAGGGGAAAGUAGGUGGACGCUUAGAAGAUACCAUUCUUGUUAAGGGAGUCAUUGUGGACAAAGAUUUUAGUCAUCCUCAAAUGCCAAAGGCAAAUGUCAAGUUAGCCAUUCUUACCUGCCCAUUUGAACCACCAAAACCUAAAACCAAGCAUAAGUUGGAUGUAACUUCUGUUAAGGAUUACAAGGAAUUAAGAAAAUAUGAGCAAGAUACAUUUAAUCUUAUGGUGAAGCAAGUGAAAGAUGUCGGUGCAACUUUGGCUAUUUGUCAAUGGGGAUUCGAUGAUGAAGCAAAUCAUUUAUUAUUGCAAAAUAAUUUGCCAGCUGUUCGUUGGGUUGGUGGGCCUGAAAUUGAGUUGAUAGCCAUAGCUACAGGUGGAAGAAUAGUUCCACGAUUUGAAGAACUCACUCCUGAUAAAUUGGGUAAAGCCGGUUUAGUAAGAGAGUUGAGCUUUGGCACAUCAAGAGACAAAAUGCUUGUGAUUGAAGAGUGUCAUAAUUCUAGAGCAGUGACUAUAUUUAUUCGUGGUGGAAACAAAAUGAUUGUUGAAGAGGCUAAGCGUUCCAUUCACGAUGCUCUUUGUGUCGUUCGAAACUUGAUUCACGAUUCAAGAAUUGUAUAUGGUGGAGGAGCUGCUGAAAUAUCUUGCGCUAUUGCUGCCAAUCAGCAAGCAGAUAAGAUUUCGUCCCUAGAACAGUACGCGUUCCGUGCAUUCGCUGAAGCAUUAGAAAGUAUUCCUCUUGCCUUGGCUGAAAAUUCAGGUUUAUCAUCAAUCAAUACCUUAACCGAUAUUAAAGCUCGUCAAAUUAAAGAAAACAAUCCUGCUUUGGGUAUAGAUUGCAUGUUGAAAGGCACCAAAGACAUGAAACAACAAAAUGUUAUCGAAAGCCUUCAUUCUAAAAAACAGCAAAUCCUUUUAGCCACUCAAUUGGUAAAAAUGAUUCUCAAAAUUGAUGAUAUUCGUUCUCCUGGAGAAAUUAAAAUGUCGGAUUUUUAUAUUAAAUUUUUUUCUCAAUAUUAA